AUUUCUUUUCAGUUGGGGGAAAUACGCGGGAAAUGAGUUUGAUUUGGUUAAAGCUGUUGUCAACGACCAACGACGUGUUUCCCUCUAAAUGUUUUUCUCGUCUCUCUCUCUCUCUCUCUCUCUCGCCUAUAUUACAACUUCAUUCUCUUCUCUCUCCUCCCACCUCUCUCUUUCUCUGUCUCUACAUCUUGAUAUUGAAAGAAACAAUGGCUACGGAGAACAAAGGAAGGCCAUUGCCGAAGUUUGGUGAAUGGGACGUGAACAAUCCUGCAUCGGCAGAAGGAUUCACUGUCAUUUUCAGCAAAGCUAGCGACGAGAAGAAGACCAAGAAAGCAUCUGGUGCAGUCCCUAAUAGUCAGAGAAAUCAAAACUCCGAUCAAAACAACCACCAUGAUUCUCAAAAUUCAAAACCUAAGAAGAAAUGGCUUUGCUUCCGUUGAUUCCUGCCUUCUUCUGAAGAAUCCGAGGAUCAUGAAGCUGAACAAGUUAGCAGAAGAUACACACAACACAGCUUUCUUCUCCUCUGCUGAUAUUAUACAUUUUUGUUUCUUAAUUUUAUUUUGCCCACAUUUUGGCCACAAUGGAUAUAAAGAUUUGUCUCCUGGCUCCUCCUAAGAACUUGUUUUUGAUGGAAAUAUAAUUGAGGACAACAGUCCUUUUCAGACAUAAUUAAUGCUAUUGUUUCCUAUCAAUGUAACAAGACUAUAUAAAAUGGUUUCUCAAUAGCCUUCCAAUAGCUUUAAACUCCUCUACCCCAUAACAAAUUAACAUUCAAGUUCACAUAUAUGUUGUGAGCUUCGAAAAAGAUUGAUGACACCACCUGAAGAAUCUGCAGUAAAAGGAUGCUGGAAACAAGUGAGUGGAAACUACACCAGACAAUAACAGCAGGUAACAUGUGUCC